AUGGUCACAGCUGUACCUAUUUAUGUGUUAACAGGUGUUACAAGUUCAGCAAUUGCAGCCGUAUUGAUAUUAAUUUCAAUUUUGUGUGUAAGACACAAGUCACCAAUAUGGCAAGCAAAUUUUGGGUUGGCUUCAAGAAGUAAUAAAAAUAUCGAAGCAUUCCUUAAAAUUCAUGGCCCUCUAGCUCUGAAAAGAUAUAAACUAUCAGAUGUUAAGAAAAUGACCAAGAACUUCAGAGUAAAGCUGGGACAAGGUGGUUUUGGUGCAGUGUACAAGGGAGAGUUAUCCGAUGGUGGUUUUGUGGCUGUAAAGAUGUUGAGUGCAUCCAAAAAAAAUGGUGAAGAAUUUGUGAACGAGGUUGCCAGCAUCAGUAGAACUUCUCAUGUUAACGUUGUCUCUCUUCUUGGAUUUUGUUUGAAAGGUCACAAGAGAGCUCUCGUCUAUGAAUUCAUGUCCUAUGGUUCCCUUGACAAAUUCAUUUACAGAACAAGAGAUGAAACCCUUCCACCCUUGUGUUGGAGUAUUAUAUAUCAAAUUGCAAGGGACAUAGCUCGAGGCUUAGAAUACUUGCAUAAGGGAUGCAACACUCGAAUUUUUCACUUUGACAUAAAACCACAUAACAUUCUUCUGAAUGAGAACUUCUGUGCAAAGAUAUCUGAUUUUGGGUUGGCAAAACUGUGCCCUAGGAAUGAAAGUAUCCUUUCCCUUUCAGAUGCUAGAGGAACAAUGGGGUAUGUAGCUCCAGAAAUUUGGAGUAGAAAUUUUGGAAGAGUUUCACAUAAGUCAGAUGUUUAUAGUUACGGAAUGAUGCUGCUGGAGAUGGUGGGAGGGAGGAAGAACGUCAAUGGUGAAGCAAGUAAUACAAGUGAGAUAUACUUCCCACACUGGGCAUACAAUAAGCUUGAGUUGGACAAUGAAUUGAGACCAGAUAUGGAGAUGACAGCAGAAGAAAAUGAGAUUGCAAAGAGGUUGGCGAUGGUGGGUUUAUGGUUUCAAACGUUUCCUAAUGAUAGACCUACAAUGAGCAGAGUGAUUGAUAUGUUGGAAGGUAGCAUGGAUUCCUUACAAAUCCCACCCAAACCUUUGCUUUCUUCUCCCAUUAGAUCACUGCCGGAAUAUUCCAUCUCCCGAAAUUAAGCACCCUGCAUAUUUGAUUAAUUUCCCGACUUAUAUCAUAAAAUGAAUCGCUGUUUAUAAUUGUUAGCUCUUUCCUAUCAUCCAGAAAAAACAGGCAGAACCUUAUCUUACAGUUAC